AAGUGCGAUUAGUGCGGCGGUGAUGACGCAGUGCUCAUUGAGGAGUGCUUCACGCGCCUCGGCAGUGGCUCGAUCGGUUGUGCUCGAGUGAAAAUGGCUUCGUCCUUUUGGAAAGGUGUUGUCGGUGUAGGCCUUUUCGCCUUGGCACACGCAGCUUUUUCAGCGGCACAGCACCGAUCCUACAUGCGACUGACAGAAAAAGAGAACGAAACAUUACCUAUAGAUAUAGUGUUACAGACUUUGUUAUCAUUUGUGAUCACGUGUUAUGGCAUAGUACACAUCUCAGGCGAGUUCAAAGACAUGGAUGCUUCUUCAGAGCUCAAAAACAAGACAUUUGACACAUUGAGAAAUCACCCGUCGUUCUACCUGUUCAAUCACCGAGGCAGAGUACUUUUCCGCGCUCCAGAGCAGGAGCCCUCCACUCCAAGCCCCCAGGCCUUGCCCUCCAAUCCCCUGCGGUUACGCAAGCUGGAAAAUUUUCAUUGAGACUGGCCUUCUGAGGGCUGCCUUGCCCGGUUUCAUUGUGUUUUUCUUUCUUAAAUUUAUUUGUUAGCUCCUCGGUUGGCAGGGAAAAUAAGCAUAUUUUCCUGUCUUUAUGUAUAUGUGAAUAUGCUGUACAAACACGCAUCUCUUGUGGUUUCUAUUUUGUCAAUGGACUGUGCCAACUCCUUUUCCAGCUGAUAUGUUUGUAAAUACUUGUUAUUGCUUGGGAGUCUUAAGUCUGUAGGUUACGGCUGUAGCUCUGCGCACAGGGCACGAAUCCUACCGUGUACAGUGAUGGUUUGCCAUGUUUUUUGGCUAAGCUGACCCCAACUGCAACAGGUUCUUCCCUGUACCCUUCUGAAUUGAGGUCAAUAUUGUGGACCAUAAAUUGUAUUUGUGUUCAGAAGCAGUAGCUCUGAUUUGAGCUUAUUCAAAUAAUACUGAAAAAUGAUUAAAACUAUUAAAACAUGUCAGAGCAGGGCCACAAUAGAUCAUGUAGUAUAAUAGCGAUUCUAACAAUACUGUGAACUCUCAGUGGGAAUGAAUGGUAAAUUUUUUUUCGAGGAGGGUGGGGGGUGGGGGGAGGGCAAUGUUUUCUGAUUUAUUUCAUGUUGAGACACAACUCCUUAUUUUUACCUUAAUAAAUUCUAAAAUUUUAUUGACCAAUUUGUUACUUGGAUUAAAACCACUUAUUUUUGCCCCUUCAUUUUAUAAGUCUUGUUUAUCCUGAAUGUGUAUGAACUAAAAGAGAUAUAAUAAGAUUAAGCAUGUUCGUUUUAGACCAUAGCUAUUUUUAUGCAAUGUCAAGACCUGCUAACUGGCCAAAAAGAUUUCAUGUCAUGCUAUAAUGAAUUUUAUGCUUGGAUCUGGCGUAUUCAAGGACAUAUAUGGGUGUGGUAAAUAAUCAACCUUGGUUACUCAUUGUUUUCCAUGCAAGUAAAGAAUGGGCAGUUGAAAUGG